AUGUCCCUCCGAAUCGCCCCUCCCGCCUCCCACCCAACCUCAACAACAAAUACCACCUCCCGCGUCCCAUCAUCCCAAGUCUCAAAAGGCGCCCCCUCAGCCCCCGGUCUUCCCGACACCCUCCGCAACAACAUAACCCUCCAAGCACCCCGGGGCCCGCCCUCCUCAACAACCGGCCCAACCACGUCCACACACCCUCUCGAAGCCCGCCUCCUCGCCUGGCGCCAAACGCAGGAUGCGCUGAAGAUGGAGUCGCUGCGUCGUGCGUAUGGAAUCGCGGAACCCGUCCGCCGCGGAAUGGAGCUGAAGAUUGUGCGUGAUGGCACGUUUAGGCCUGCUGUGCUAGGUGGAAACAAGGCGGGGAAUGUCCAUGAGGAUAUCCUUGUGCUUGGGGGGAGGGAUGCGGAGGUUGCGUGGGAGGAUGUGUUUUUGGGAGACGAGUUCAGGGAGCCACCUUCUUUCCACGACGAGAUGGAGAAGCGGCUGCGGAUGGAUUAA